AUGAAGCGGCUGGAGAAAGCCGGUGACGAUAGCAGCGAACACUUCAACGACGCGCUGGGUGCCGUGGCGCCUGGAUCACCCAGCAGCGCAACAGAUACGGUGCUGGCGCUGGAGGCACUGGCCGCCUUCUCGGCCGACCUGCCUCGCUCCAGCAGCGCCGACCUGCGAGUCACAAUCCACGUCAGAGCACAGGGCACCGGCUGCGCCCUGGUGCAGGCCUCGUUGAAAUACAACGUGUACACAGCCGGUCCAAACGACGCACUGACGAUCAACGUGGCUGCCAAGCCCAAAAUGAACCAGCGGGAAUGUCUGAAGCAUACCAUAGACAUCUGCGUCAGCUACCUGAAGGAGGAUAGCGAAACCAAUAUGGCUGUGGUUGAGCUGGACAUGGUCAGCGGGUUCAUUCCCAACAAGGGAAGUCUGAAUGACCUCAAGCAGAACGUCGAGUUGGGUCUGAAGCGCUGGGAGGUCAACAACAACAAGGUGGUCUUCUACUUCGACUCGCUGGAUGGAAAGGAGCGCUGUUUCGGCAUCAUCGUACAGCGGGAGCAGGAGGUGGAAGAUGCCAAACGGGCGGUGGCCAGCGUGUAUGAUUAUUACCAGACAGAGUUCGCCCGGAGCGCGCCGGAGGAGCUGGAACGCCGACCGGCCUGGGAACGGGAGGGCACGGAGGACUUGUGCGACAUCUGA